GAUGUACUGACAAUGCGUGAUUGUCUGAUAUUAGGUCGUUUCCCUGGAUGUCCUGUUAUUUCCGGCUUAGGCCGUUAUAUAAGCUCAUGUUUACUUGUUAUUUGUUAGUUCUUAGCUGAGUAUCAUUAAAGUGGCUAAAACCCGAUAUUCUUAUACGUCUACGGAUAGUGUAAGCGUAGCAAUUAUAACGUGCAGAACAUUAAUCUUUACACAAUUUACCUAUUUCAAAAUUCAGCAACGGUUCGAUUAGUCACAGUGUCACAUUUAUUGGUUGCAAGUUGCCAAAGUUUCUAGAGCUUUUCAUUUGCCAUGUCCUGGCAGUGUAAUCGGCAGGUGCUACUGCCAGGUUACCCGCAACUUUUACGCACAUGCACAAGAUCAAGACAUUUUGCCCCGGCAAUCCGUUUGGUGGGCUGUACGAGCGAUGCCCACGAAUGUCUGUACAUCCAAUCUCUCCUCCCCAUUCACCGGGACAUUUCACCACAUAGAAAACUCCGACUGUCCCCCGACUUGUGAUUAUUCCACACUUCAUCAACGGCAACGGCCGGCACCACCAGCUCGGAGAGUUCGAAGUUCGGGAAACUGAUCAGCAGACGCUUGACGAUGCCGGCCGCGCAGCGCUGCAUGCCCCAGACACGUGUAACCCGGGUUUGGAACGAAGAUGGACACAUCCAAUUCCGCGCUGGUGUCAGCGCUGUCCCAUACCCAUACCAGGACCCAGGUGGCUAAAGCAUUCCAAAUAUGACGGUAAUCACCGGCAGCGUGAUUGGGGCCGUCGCAACAGCUGGUGUGGCCACAGGUCCGGCUGCAUUCGGGGCUGCUGCGGGAACAUUAGUGAGCAUCCUCAGCGGCAGCACAGUGGGCAUGGCCGGGUCAACGUUGGGAACAGCGGCUGCUAGCGGUGGUGUAAUGGGAGCCGUAACGGGGUCACUCGCAUCCGUCCUUGGCAAUGCUACACCAUACUCUGUCAUUCACGGUUCCCUACUGGGAGCAGUCACGGGAGCUGGUUCGAGUGCUGCCUAUACCGCGGCUGUCGUGGGUGCUGCCAGUGGGCCCCUUAGUUUGUUGGUACUGGGUGCCGACAUCGCUGAAUCGGAUGCAGCCUGCACCUUUGAUUGCUGGAAGCCCAUACUGCACGAUGAGUCCACUGAGCCCUCCAAUGGGAUGCUGUUACAAGAUGUCAUAGCAGAUAAGCGGAUUGCCGAUGUCACACUUUCCUUCAGCAACCUGUCAGAUCCCCAUAUCGUACUGCACAACAUUUGGGGCGAGAUGUUCCGCAUCGAUAUGGUUUCCUUGCCUUCUGGACAUUUGGCAACGCAUGCCAACAAGAUUUAAUACUGCUGAAAAUAAAUUAUUCUGUCCUGCAAUGAUUCAUAGAUCAAACCUGCUGCUCGGAACUUUGUUGAAAUAUCUGUAUGUCGUAUGUACGUAUAUCAUAUCGUAUAAUUAUUGUCGUCCAUGUUAAUUGUAUCUGUGUUCACUAAUUAAUUAUAUCUACAUGUUUACGAAGUUUUAUUCGACAUCAGUCAAUUCACAGAUCAGAUGGGCUAGCACAGGUUUACAAUACUUAAAAUGGUCAAAGAUUUAAA